AUGGGAGUUCUUCUCAUAGUGAGACAUUUUUCCAAAAAACCUCCGAACAUUCCACCGGGACCGACGUAUAUCCCUCUUGUUGGAUGUGUACAGAUUUUCCUCAACUCCCUAAAGAAAGGUGACAGUAGAAUAGUUUAUAGGAGAUUCAGAGAGAAAUAUGGUGAUGUUUUUAGUUUUUACCUGGGCAGUAGAUUAAUAGUGGUUAUUAAUGGUUUAAAUAAUUUAAAAGAAGCCUUCGUGAAAAAAGGCGAUGUAUUUUCAGACAGACCACAUAUGUUUACUAUAGAUAAAGUCGGACAAGGGCGAGGUAUUGUAAAUACAUCAGGACUAGUUUGGUGGGAACAGAGAAAAUUUGCUGUGUCGGCCUUGAGGCAAUUGGGAUUUGGAAAAACAUCAUUUGAAGAUAAAGUCCACAAAGAAAUUGACAGUUUUUUAAAUGUUAUAGACAAUCUGAACGGUCGUGAUGUGGACCCCAAGAGGAUGAUACCGACUGCUAUAUCAAAUAUAAUCUGUUCUAUUGUCUUUGGAGAUAGAUUUGAAUACGAUGAUCCUCUUUUCAACAAAUUCUUAGAUAUCUUUGACGAAAAUUUGAAAAUGGUUGGAGGCACAUCUUUUCUUAACUUCUACCCUCUUCUUCAAUAUCUGCCUGGAGAUUUAUUCAAAUUUGAUAAAGUGCUGGAAAACGUUGAGUUUGUUCAAGGUUUCGUUCGAGAAAAAGUUGAAGAACAUCGGCAGAGUUUUAAUGAAGAGAAAGUAAGAGAUUUUAUAGACGCCUAUUUAUUAGAAUUACGACAGCAUAUACACGGCAGUGAAACCACAUUUAGUUAUGAUCAGUUAGUAAAAGUUAUUGGUGAUUUGUUUGUUGGUGGUACAGAAACGACAUCAACCACAUUAAGAUGGGCUCUAAUAUACCUAGUGCGUCAUCCAGAAGUACAGGAACGCAUGUUCAAGGAAAUCUACCGUCAUCUUGGAACUACGAAAAGACCACACAUGGCAUUCAAACAAAAGCUAGUUUAUUGUAAAUGUGUUACAUUAGAAAUUCAGAGAAUGGCUGACAUUGCACCAUUCUCAGUUCCCCACGCCACUUCAGAAUCUGUAGGUUUCAAAAAUUACUUCAUACCAAAAGGUACAAUCGUUAUACCAAAUAUUCAUUCCGUUUUGAAAGAUCCGGAAGCAUGGAAAAAUCCGGAAGAAUUUAAACCAGAAAGAUUUUUGAAUUCAGAAGGAAAAAUUGUUAAACCAGACCAGUUUAUUCCUUUCUUUUUAGGUAAAAGAGUGUGUAUGGGAGAAAGUCUGGCUAAAAUGGAGUUACAUUUAUUUUUAACUUCUAUAGUACAAAGAUAUAAAAUUCUACCGCCAGAAAGCGGCGAAUUACCUUCUUUAAAAUCCAAUCCAGGACUUACCUUUACACCACAGAAUUAUUUUAUCAGGUUUGUGCGGCGCCAGUGA